GCUUAUCUCAAAUGGUUUUUAUUCUUGCUACUCAGAAUCAGAUCGCAAAAAUUAUGUCGUGGUUACGGAGCUGCAGGUGAGAGCAACAAAAGUUCUCCACCAACUAUGGCCGAACAGGAGGAGGAUCCGGGGGCCGCAGAGGAGCCGGCCCCGCCGCCGGAGCUGUUCCACACAACAUCGAAUAAGGAACCGGUGGAAGUUAUGGAUUGCAAAAGCAUCGUACUCGUGUAAAUGCAUUACAAAUUUCCUAAGCAUGAGAAAUAAAAUUUGUAAUGCGGAUUUAUCUUAAGACAAAGAUUGCAUGACUGCAAGAAUACGAGCAGUGCGAUACUUUUGCACAGGAUAAAAGUGGCGGAAUAUGUCUCGGACGACGGGAGCGAACCCAGGUUUUCGUUGCUCUGCGAUGUACCUACUCACUAUGGAAGAAGUACCGAUGCAAAUAAAAGCAAAAUUGGAUUUAUGAAGCUACUUGUCAUGCUCAUGGAGGACGGAUGUGACACGUGUGUAUAGUGUGUUGAAGUUCCUCUACUCAUGGAUGCAACAACAUAAAUCACUUGAUAAAGCAGGUCCGAAGACAUCAAUGACGAUGUGGAAGAAGCCGAGGAAGAAGCGGCGCUCGACCAGUAUGCCCUGCAUAGCUGUUUAGCAUAACAAAUGCUAGAAUUACAGGGUCUUUAGCAUGACAAAUCUAGUGUUGCGCUCCAAUCCCCAGGGAAAUCAGCAGAAGGUCUGUCAUGCAAAGCUGGAGCGGACAGACGAUGGUGGGUAGCCCCCGACUGGUUGGUAUUUUUCAGCGGGCGACUUGUCGUGGUAGCGCUCGGCUUUUUGUAUGAUGAGGUCGCCGAAAGUGCUUCCUCGCCCACCCCCCGGGGAGGGGAUCCUUGACCUGUGGCGCUGGGAGCGGGUGUCCACUACAUGAUGAUGAUGAUGUGUGUUUUAUGCAAGACAAAUUGGAUGGCGAUGGGCUUUGCAUUGUUCAUCCAGCUAAGCAGGGCAUAACCAGGCAGAAAGACUCCGGGAGCUGGAAAGGAGGUGUCGCAUCGCCGAGCCGGACAUUCCGUUGCAAACGGGAACCGCAAAUAAACCCGAAAGAGAUACUAUGCAAGAAAAAAACUGUGUAAGUGUAACUCUGUAAUGCAGAACAUGCAACAGAGUUACACCUGUGAUGCCAGACAGCCGUGAAGUCCUCUUCUCAUGUGUGUUUUUCCUUACAAGCCACGCAUGACAGGUUUUCUCUGUCAUGUGGAGCAAAUUUGUAAUGCUGUCAACCAAAGAAACUUACACUAACACAGUUUUUUUCUUGGAUAGACACGACGAAAGGCGAUCCGCUGGCGAAGUAAGAAAUGAAAUACGCAUUUCUUGGUACAACAAGUGUUUGUCAUGCGUAAAACUAAAGUUAGUAAAAAACGAAAGACAGGUCGUGUUCGUCGCCAUACUUGCUUGUCGUGUCAAAUUAAAGGAGUGCAGCAGAGAAAAAAUCAAAACAGGUACCAAGACGGUCGCUCGGGCGUCUUCUCCACACACCAAUACGAUGCGGAGCUGAAGGAAACCGUUGCGGACAAACGAACCGUGCAGAUACUUCGCGAUUUGAGGAAUAACUGGGACAAAAAGGUAAGAACAUCAAAAAUGCGCGUAAAUUGGUCGUGCUGCAGCUGCUAGUGGUAGGUUUUAUGAAACUACGGAAUAUCAAAAGUCAUGUCACGUGCACGUGCUGUGCUGCGUUUGUUGUUGUGCGAUAUUGAUUUCUCUACGAAAUAAGUACAACUUCUCAGUGCGAGGCAGCCGAGGAUGCGAGGCAAGUUCUCGCCAGCGAGGAAAGCAAGUUGAAGGAAAUGCAGAGCACGCGAUCGGCGGAAGAAAUUUUUGUGCAGGCAGACGAGGUGGAAAGAAGCUGGCAACGGUUAUCAGAUUUGGAAAAGGUAUCAAUCUAUGAAUUGGCUUCACCCUGCGUUGCGAUGGUGUUUGUCAUGCAGACAGCGGAAGAAUGACGGUGAAGGAAGAGCAGGUACAUUUACAUGCGAAUGCAGAUUUGUAUUGCGUCAAAGCUGCUAUUGCUAAAAAACUCAAAGUCAAGGGCACAUCAAAACAGGAACGUGAUGCCGCCGAGCUCCGUCUGCACUCUCUUAUGGACAAAGCCACCGACGCCGAGAGAAGGUUACUGCAGAAAGAGUACGAGCAAAGCAUUAUCGCGCAAAAAAGACAGCAGGAUGAGGUCACCAGGGGGAACAGGAUCAUCGACAAAAUGUGGCAGGAUGACUAUUUGAAAGCGGAAAAGAAGGCGGCUGUGAAAGCGGAAAAGGACAGGAAACAAAGUGAGGCGGAGAAACACAGGAAGAAAAACAACAAGGAGUUUCUCUUGCCGGCGAUCAAGGAUGCUGAGUAUAGAUACCUACUGGAACAAUUUCGAGUUGAAUGUACAAACAUAAACAAAAGUUGUGAUCAUGCGUACAAAGUGUAAGUGAUACAUCGAAGAAGAAGAUCCAAGAUUUGCAUUCAGCCGCAUCAAGAAGUUCUGACUCUACAUGCAAAGAAGAGGGACCAAAAUACAACAGGCAGAAAAACGCGCAGUCCGCCGCCGUCCGCGACGCGAAAUGGAACCACCGAACAAAUAUGCAUUGCAAAUAUGUCUGGGUCUGGAAACCUGUCAUGCUGAAUGAUCAUGAUUGAGUGGCCCUGUAGGUGCAGCGAAGCAUGCCAAAUUUUCCAAACGCUGCUUUCCCAUGCGGAGUGCGCAUUACAAACUGCGCGUGUGCAUCACAAAAGAGUCACCGUUUUUGUCGGUUAUGCAAUACACAUUUUCCACAAGUGUCAGACAAGCAUCACAAGUUGACCUUUAUUUCCAGACCCAGUAUUUGCAGUGGAUAACAAAAGCGAUGCUUCAGCUGAAGAAAAAUUUGAACGACAUCAACGCCAGAAUAGCGUCGACAAACGAGAGCAAGGCGAAGAAGAAGUUGCAGGAGGACAAGGAGAAGAAAAUUCGGGAACUGGAGCUGUUAGAGCAGGGUCUGAACCCGUAUGAGGUGUUCCGCAGGGAGCAGGUCGAAGACGACCUGGCGAAGAAAAAAGUCGAGGGCGCGGCCUUGAAACAGAUGCGCAAUGAGAAGUUGCUGAACAACUUGAUAAGGGAAGACAACAUCACCCGCGAGAAAGAAGCGGUAUGGCGUUCUCAAACGUUACAUUCUCAACUGUUACAUGAAUUUGGAAUGCAAUACUGGCAAAAGUGAAAGGAGGAAGAUUGCGCAUUUUUGCAACAUUGAAAUUUUGAUGCAGAUUUAGACGCUGUCUAGCCCUUCCGAAAUUUGUCAUGCGAAGCAGCUCGAUCAUCUGUUGGCUUAAGGUACUUUUGCAUGACAAAUUCACGUUUUAGUUGAGAAUGUAACGUUUGAGAACGCCAUAAGCGGAACAUAGGAGACGAAAGGAAUUCGAAAUCGCUUAUCAACGGUACUAUUAUAAUACAGAAGUAGAGUCAAAGAUCUUUGUCUUCCACCUUUCAAUCUUUGUCACGCUUCUAGGCUGGCUUGAGCUUGGUGAUGCAAUCAUUCAUGGGAACUUGUAAUGAUCCUGAUCGACGAGGAUAUGCAUCACAGAUUCCAUAUUAAUUGAUGUAGUUUUUCCACAUAAAAAAACAGAGAGAUGGCCGGGCAGUCCAAGGAUGUGAAGAUCCGCGACUACAUAAAAAAGGUGACGUAUCGUAUGUAAAAACGUCUUCACCCCAUAGUUGUCAUGCAGAUCUGCAUGCGCAAAAUGUUUGUCAUCUGGAGCCGCAUGAGAGGCAUUUUAUAGUCGUGCUUUGGAACAAUUUGCAAUGCUCCAAUCAGCAUAAUAUGCCAGAUCUGCGAUGCUGUUGAACAAGCUAAACAGGAUUACAAGACUACGAGGCCAAACUUAUCAUGCGCAACAACCAAAGCUGGCUGAUUUGUCUAGCAGGUUGCCCAUCUUGAAGACGCAUGGGUGGGUACGUUUUUGCUCAGGAUAUGACUCUGAACCACGUAGAGAUCCUUGACGCCACCGGGAACGCGAUGCGCAUCGACCCGUCCAAGCUGACCGCCUUCAAGUCCGGCGGCUUCGGGCUCGGCCAAGCGCCCCCGGAGGAGCUGGCCGCGGUCGAGGAGAAACUGGCUUUUCAGCAAAAGCGGGUGGCCUACUGGGACGCAGAGGACGCGGCGAAAGCAGAUGACGGCAUGGGGUUUCUAGAGGACAGUGCCGCGGCGGACGGGCAGGCGACGCCGAAAAAGCGGGAAGACGGGAAAUUGUGGAUGCCCAGCAGGACGGUUUUGGAAGAGAAAAUGUUGGUGAAGGCGAAGCAGGAACACCGCGACUUCAUCGAUUUAGGGCAAGAGCAGCACUGCUGGGGCAAGGUGUUCAAGGGACAGGCCUUCAUUCCCAGUCCAAAAAUCAUCGAGUACCUGGACUUCGAAGCGAAUUCCACGUAUAAGCAGACGAUCGAGGUGACGAAUGUUUCCUUGACGUUUAAUCAGUUUAAACUAUUGCCGAUGGACGACAAAAUCCUGGACUUCUUCGAGAUUGGGUUCGACCCUCCGGGCCGGAUGUCCGCCGGGGUGAGUUGCAAGAUCCAGCUGAAGUUCGCCCCGAAAUUGUACAAGGACAUUUGGACCACCUUCCCAAUCUUGGCGAAAACGGGCAGAAUAGACUUUCCGGUGAUGUGUUUGACGAAGAAAACGGUGUUGGAUUUAGAGCCCAAGGAACUAACCGAGGAGGAGAAAAUGUUGUUGAAAAAAGCCGCGAAGACAAAACAGAAGAUCCCAAAGAAAAUGCCCCCAGAUCCGGCGGUGCCGCCAGAACAAAGGGACGAGAACUACUACAAAGACCCGUCAGAGAAUCUCUUUAUCGAUAUCGUGAGAAAAAAGUGUUUCACUGUAAGGAUUUUGCAGGUUUUGCAUCACAAGUUCGUUCUACACGACAGAGAAAAUUUGCUAUGCAAGAUUCCUAAGGGAAAACACAGGUAAAAACCCACUGUCUUGCAUGUGUAGCAAGACAAACACUUGCGAAAUGCAUUCUCUGCAUUACAACUUUACAGUGAAACAGUUUUUUCCUUCGAUAAUCGACUUCGGUUCUGUGGUAUUCGGUGAGUGGUCCAUAUCCAAGAAAAAAACUACGUGAGUGUAAAUCUGUGAUACAGAAAAUGCAAAACUGUUCAGACUUGUCAUGCUCCACAUGCAUGAUAGGCUCGCUUCCGACGUGUUUUCCCGUCCUAUCUGCGCAUGACAAGUUUUUCCUGUCAUGGCAGGCAAACUUGUGAUGCUGUUUGUCCAAAAGACCUACACUAACACAGUUUUUUUCUUGGAUAGUCCACGAAACAGGUCACCAUCGUGAACUACGGGGCCUUGCCAGCGGGGUAUUCCAUACGGGAGUCGGUGAUAGAAGACGAACCAAAACCACCAUUGGACCGGAAAAACGAGUUUCGGACGACCCGAAUGCUGACGUCAGACCCGUGGUAUCAAAUGCAAAUAUGUCGUCCGGGUCUGGAAGAGUGAAACUUGUGAUGCGGGCUUUGGAUCCUACAUGAAAUCUGUAUUGCACGAACACCAAAAGGGGUGCAGUUUAUGCUACGCGGAGAGGGCAGCAUUUCUCAUGCGGUAUGGGCUUCAUAGAGCGAGCCCUCACAAAAUCUGUGAUGCUACGGCAUGCAAAAUCGACAUCAUGGGUCAUGCAAAAUGUGCAUGGCGAACGUUGCACUCUUCCAGACCAACACAUAUUUGCAUUGCAUACGUGGAAAACGUUGAGACCGCAGGAGGAAAGCGAGGGCAGUGGCGAUUGCGGACCUUUAGCAUCGGAAGUAGCAAUACAAGCAGAUGACCCUACUUCUGCAGACGGUGCGGCGGAAGAGAAGGGAGAGGGAGCAGACGAUACGGAAGCUGCAGGAGCAGAAACAACAAAUCCACAGGAAGGAGGCACAGAGGGGUUACUAGACUCCUCGCAGGGGACAGCUGCUGCGACGACUAAACUGGAAACGAACGCUGCAUCUUCUUCCUCCACGAAUAGAAAGCCCGUCCCACUCCCGGAGCAGCUCGCGUUCCAGGCCGAGGGGAAUUUCGUCGGUCGCGGGAACAGCAAAAUCGAGUUCGUUUUCACACCCAAGCACUUGGGGGAAUUUUCCUGCAAAUUUGUCAUCGAGGUGGACAACAAGGCGCCCGGGGACGCGCGGUUUAAGAAAACCUACUUCCUGAAAUGCGUCGGCAAGUGCGUCGAUGUGCCGAUCUACGUGGAAAGAGAGAUUUAUAACCUCCACACCAUUCUCUUCGAGCACACCUUUCGAGAAUUGAUCGUUUUGAAGAACCGGUCGCAGGUGGCCAUUAUGCUUUGCAAAAGUAUCGUACUCGUACAGAUGCAUGACAAAUUCCUUCAGCAUGAGAAAUGAAAUUUGUAAUGCGGAUUUACCUUGAGAAAAAAACUAAUGACUGGAAUUACUACGAGUGCGAUACUUUGGCACAGCAUAGCAAUGAAAAUAAAAGUGGAACGGCCAGCGUUGAACGACCCGAGACUAUCAACUGCAAAUAUCCACCCUGGAUGUCUGGAAGAGUGUAAACUUGUCAUGCAGGUUUUCCAUGACCCAUGAGAUUGAGAUCUGGAAUGCGGGACCUAGCGUGACAGACUCUACUGCGAGGUCCUAGUCUGUCAUGCCUAGUAUCCUGCACGAGAAACCCCCUUCCAACUUGGUCGAAAAUGGACGACAGCAUUUGGCACUCAUGCAACAGAGAUUUUUGCAUCAUUCAGAUUUAGCAUGACAAGUUGCCAACUCUUCCACACAUCUUCCAGACAUAUUUGCAAUCCAUAGAGGCUGAAGGAGAACGAAAUCCAGAUCAACCCGACGACCGCGUUUGUCCAGGGCUUAGGAGAGCAGGCGAUCCAGUUUAAACUGGUUUUGCAACGCGAUUUUCUGGAGAGAAACCCGCAGUAUAAACGGGACGAAACCAUCUACGGGCCCGCGGCGUUCAAAAUACCGGUAAAAGUGGUGGGUGCGGACCAGGUGUUACCCGUCUUUACCUGUGUGACGGGAAAUUUAACACAGAACGAUAUUACGUUCGAGCCAGAAAAUUUGGACUUCGGAAACUGCUACGUGGACGGGGCGCGCUACAAAUCGCUGAAGCUGACCAACCACAGCAAGUUGCCGCAGAACGUCUGUUUCGCGAAUCUCCCGAACUACCUGUCGAUAACGAAUAUGGCGAAGGACGCCCGGGACCAGGAGGAGAAAUAUGGUGUGGACAGCAAGAAGUCCGCAGUGACGGAACACGGCGGGAACGGGUUUUUGACGCAGAUACUUCCAGACGAAACCGUCCCGCUGACCUGCAUUUACCAGCCCACCAGUGCAACGGAGAUGAAAACUGCACUGCAAAUACACACGCAGACUGGGAAUCUGUGCGGGAGGAAUUUCCAGAUUCCGGUGACUGGGCAGGGGAAGAUGGUGAAACUAGAACUGUUAUCCUGAGUAAAAACCUCUCCACGACACCAGAGUCAAGAUGGGGAAUCUGCUAGGCAAAUCCACCAGCUUUGGUGGCUUCGCGUGACAGGUCUGCCACCGUAGUGUCAUCCUUAUUAGCUUGCUCAGCAGCAUCGCAGAUCUAGCUUAUCGCACUGCUCAUAGCAUCACACGUUUCACAACGCGACUAGAAAACUCUUCUCAUGGGGCUUCGCAUGAGAAACUUUUCUGGCAUGCAGAUUUGCAGGACAGCACUGGGAUGGGGGCGUUUUUACUUAGGAUAUCUGUCGCAGAACUUCUUGAAAUUCCCGGCGAUCGCGGUCGGGGCGCAGGGCAAGGAGUCGUUUGAGAUCACAAAUGUGACGAAAAACAAAUCGUUUGAGAUAUCGGUUCUCCAGCCUCCGAAGUAUUUGGCGCGGUUGUGGAUCUGCCCGGUGUGCAAGGAACUAAAACCGGGGGAGAAGACGAGGGUGCAGAUCGAAUUCAAACCGAACCUGGUCUAUUCGAAGAUGCUACGAUAGUGCACAACUUUCCCUUCCGCUCCUUUCUCAUGCAAAAUCCCAAAUCCAGUCACUGUGCCUUGUGGCACUGUUUCCAUGACAAAUUCCGGAUGAAGCCCAAAUAGCACUACACUCCAGUGUAAAUUUGUCAUGCAAAAUCGGCAUUGUUGCUUUUGCUUGUCUUGCCGUUCAUGCAAUACAAAGGAGGGGAGCAGGGGAGUUGUGCACUGUCAUAGAUGCUGCGGAAUUGCGAACAGGACAUGGACGAGCUGGCGGAAGUAUCCUGUGCAAAAGCAUCGUACUCGUAGUAAUCGCAGUCAUGCAUUACAAAUCUCAUUCUCAAGGUACAUCCGCAUUACAAAUUUUAUUUCUCAUGCGGAGGGAAUUUGUCAUGCGAUUUAUACUAGUACGAUACUUUUGCAAUGCAUAGGAUGAGGUGGCGAACGGGAUUUCAGAUCUCGAACCGGCAACAGAUGCUGCAGGGGACACCUCCCCCUCGAAAACGCAACACGAUGAGGAAACGAAGGAGAAGAUCACGUUUACUGAGCAAGAAAUUCGGGAGAAAACCAAAUCGGAAAUUGUGGAGCUAAUCAACACCAACGGGGGGAGAAGAUGGGAGCACAGACGGAGAAACGACACGGGACAGGAAAUUUUGCAGAAACAGCAGGCGGUUUCGUUGGAGAUGAUAGACAGCCAGCAUUGUCUGUGGAAGAUCCCUAUCAACUGUAAAAGUGUCUGGGUCUGGAAGAGUGUAAACUUGUCGCGCAGAUUUUCCAUGACCCAUGAGGUCUGGUAUGCGUGACUUAGCAUGACAGACUCUGCGAGGUCUCUGCCAUGCCUAUCCUGCAUGAUGAACACCCUUCCAACUUGGUCAAAAGUGGACAGCUUUUGGCACUCAUGCAACACAGAUUUUUGCAUGCUUCAGAUUUACCAUGACAAGUUGACACCUUCCAGACCCAGACAUAUUUACAUUUGAUAAUCCCGAUAUUGGUCCGGCCAGUCGUGGAGGUGGACGCGAAGCGGGUGUAUCUGCCGGAUGAAAAGUGCGACCAGAUUUCCAUCGCGGUGAAAACGACAACCGUGCCUUCAGUACUAGUUCCAACUCCUUCUAACUGCGACUUCGGGGAGGUCACCGUUUUUGAGCGGAAGCUGAUCCACGUUACAGUCCGGUGUAAAGUCGACGCGAUUCAGGAAAUCCACAUGACGAAGCCACUGCCGGAAACCCAGUGUUUUACCGUGCUAAACGCGUGCUACAAUCGGUUUGUGAAGAAGGAAAAGCAGUUUCAGAUCGUGAUUGAGUUCAACCCGCAAGCCGCGCAGUUGUACCAGACUGUUUUAAACCUCCACACGGAAGAAACCAGAAUACGGAUACCGCUGAAGGGGUACGGGGUGACGCCGAGGCUAUAUUUGAAGAACCAAUACAUCCACUUCCCUGGCGCGGUGCACCACACGGACAGCUGCGUAUCGGAGAAAAUUUCCUUCUUCAACACGACGAGGUUCUAUCCCACGAAAAAAGUGUUACAGUUACACAUUUGUAGUCAAUUCAGCAACACAAAUUUCUCUGGAUGGGAGAGAAAACUUGUAAUGCAGAAAUCCUACGGCUACGGGAAAACACCUGCGAAACAGAGUUCCCAUGCAUAUCCGGCAUGACAGAGCUUAUCUGUCUUGCUUGGCCUGCGACGCAAUGUGUAACUGUAACACUUUUUUCUUCCGAUAGGUUCUUACUCGAGUACAGCAUUUCAAAAGUGUCACAAAACUUCGUCGAUAACUUCCAGGGCAUACUACAAUAAAAAAUGCCCCCACCCCAGAAACUUAUCGCCAUUUGUAUUGCAAACCGCUGCAAUGGAAACAUUCCCUGUCUUGCAUAGAUCAGCAUCACAAAUUUUCGUUUUCCAUGCUGAAUAGCACAAAUUUGUGCUGCAGGGGAGCCCAACAGCAGCCGGAUCUGUUAUGCAAAAAACACCUUGUGCACCUAAAUUGUGUACCAUCAGAAAGGCUCGCAGUCCUUUCAUGCAAGACAGAAAGCUUUCACGUGGAAACUUUGCAUGAGAAACUUUUGCAAAUUCCGGGAUGGGGGCAUUUUUCAUUGCAAUAAGGCGCGCCGGCAUUCAUGCUGGAGCCCAUGAAGGGAAAGAUCGCGGGGAAAGGUACUGUUUUUGAUGAGACGUGCACAAUUCUUGAUCAUUGCAGCUUACCUCUUGUACAUGCGCGGGGUCUAUGAUUAUGCUUUUCUGACCAUGGGUGGAGAUGGAGUCACUGUUUCGUGCAGUACAAUUUCCAACAUCAUCUUCCACGAACAAUCUUUACACAGCUACCGACGACGCGCCCGACACGGAGCUGCAGGUAGAAGCGAAAUUUCGCCCGCACCGGCCGUCGGAGCUGUUUUUGGAAAAGCAGUAUGUCUUCGUCCCAAAUCAGGACUUUCCGACCUACGUCUACCUUUACGGGCAUUCCUUUCUCUACCAGAUGUAUGUGAUUUACGAUCUUAUCAAGUGCAAAUGUGUCCUGGGUCUGGAAACUUGUGAUGCUAAAAUGUCCAUGAUGAAAACGCUUCCGAAUGCAGCCCAGCAUGACAACUUCCCAAAACGCUUUCUCAUAGGCAAUCCGCAUGACAAACUGCGUUUUUGCAUGACGAAAGAGGCUGCGACGUUUGUUGGUUAUGCAAUACAGAUUGCCCAGGAAUGUAGAGCUAGCAUUACAAGUUUUCUCCAGACCCAGACAUUUUUGCAGUGCAUAGACCUAACCGUCGAGCAACUUCCGUCUAACAUGACGGCGCCGAGCCAGUUCGAAGAUAUGCUGUGCAACAGUAUCAUACUCGUAUAAAUGCAGGUCUUGCAUUACAAAUUUCUUUGUCAAGGCAAAUCGGCAUUACAAAUUUUAUUUCUCAUGCUGAGAAAAUUUGUAAUGCAUUUAUACGAGUACGAUACUUUUGCAGUUCAUAGAAGACGGGCUGAAUCAGCAGCGGCUAUGGAUUGCAAAUGCGUACUAGUCUGGGUUUAGGACAAGAGGUUGCAACUUGUCAUGCGAAAUCUCGAUCACGCAAAAAUUUGUGUUGCAAGAGCUGCGCCAAGACCUCUUCACGGGGUGCGCGUGAAACCUGUCAUGCUUUUGCGUGCAUUCCAGACCAUCUGCGUUAAAUCCGAAAGAUGCAUGACAAACAGGCGCACUCUAUUAGACCCAGACAUAUAAUUUGCUAUUCAUAACGGUUUGCUGAGACCGAUUUACAAAAGAACGAGCCGGAUUUUCCGAACCCACAGAGAAAACAAUUCGACUUAACCUUUGAGGAGUCUGCGACGGAAUUGACCCAGUACCUGAUUUUUGGGUGCUGCGCCACGCCGACGACCGCACCGGAUUAUCGCAAGAAAAAACUGUUUCACUGUGAACCUGUGAUGCAGAAAAUGGAACACAAAACUAUUUGUCUUGCUACACAUGCAAGGCAUUGGAUCUUCCAGCGUGUUUUCCCUUGGGAAGCGUGCAUGACAAUAAAUUUUCAGAGUCAUGUGUAACAAACUUGUGAUGCAGAUCUUGCAAAAUCAUCACAGUGAAACAGUUUUUUUGUGGGAUACGGAUCCGAAGGUGUGCAGUGCGGGAAAUUUCGAAAUUACCAUCGAAGAUCCGAAGUAUUUCCAGUGUGGGGAAGCGAAAGGAACCAUACCGGCGGGGCAACGUACUUCUACAUGGAUACAACAUCUUGUUUUUGUAGUUUCUGACAUAUCGACUAGAUUAAGAUUUCAAAAAUUUCGCGUGGAUAGGAAAAAAAUCCUCACCAAAAACACCAGAAAAACGCAUCCCCUUCACCUACCUUCGUCCCGCGGACACGCCAAUAACGAUAGGCGGGAUGGUAUCCUGAGAAAAAAGUGUUACAGUUACACAUUGUGUUGCAGGCCAAGCAAGACAGACAUGCUCUGUCAUGCCGGAUAUGCAUAGGAGCCUCGUUUCAUAGGUGUUUUCCCGCCGGAUUUCUGCAUUACAAGUUUUCUCUCUCAUGCAGAGAAAUUUGUGUUGCUGAAUCGACUAAAAAUGUGUAUACUGUAACACUUUUUUCCAGCGAUAGAUGGAACUUUCCUUGCUGGCCGGCAUCGGGCAGUGGACGCGGACGCGGGCAAAAAUCACGCUGUCGGGCUAUCCUGUGCAAAAGUAUCGUACUCGUAUUGCAUGCAAUCAUGCAUUACCAUUUUUGUUCAUAAGGGAAAUCCGCAUUACAAAUUCUGUUUCUCGUGCUCAGGAAAUUUGUAUUGCAUUUAUACGAGUGCGAUACCUUUGCAGUUCAUACCGGCGGCUUUGUGCCGAAAGGAGGGAGUCCAACGCAGGAGAUCUAUGUGAACCUGAAGGCGUAUCUCCGGACGAUCUAGAUUGAGUAUUUGAUACGUCAGGGGUCGUCGUGGGAUAGUCGUAGUCGAUCUGGGACUAGGUGGAGUUGUCGAUGUUGAGGCAACAUGACAACAUCCACAACUGGACAACAUACAACCAUGCGGCCCAGCCUUUUUCACGCGCAUGUUACGAGGUGGCGCUGGUGCUCCUGUUGCACCAAGUAGACAAAUUGCAGGUCAAGCUGCAUCUAUUUUCACCAGGAUAUGAUUAGUGGUUGUACAAGAGACAAUAACAAGAAUUUCAUAUAGCGACCGUCUGUUCGUCGGCCUGAGAUGAUGGUCACGACAAGAAUGAGGUCGUUAAGAGGUAGUUGUAGAUCAUGUAUACAAUUGUUCAGCACGACCAGAGGCUCACGUUUAAAACGUGAGGCUCUUGGCCCGGAAAUAAAAUCUGGAUAGGAAACAAACUUGAAGAAAAUUAGUGAACUUUUUUCAUCUUCGAAGCUGCUUAUGUUGUAGUAUCACAAAAUUUAGCGAGAAUCGAAAUACGAUAAUAUCUGCAAGAAGCGGAGAACGAAAUUUUUUUUCAUCACGGUUGUAACUAAAGGCAAACUAUCAGUCAUAAGCUAACAAAUAAGCACACUAAGGACAAGGAUGAAGGACAGGAUAAGCAAAGUGCUGUCUUCCAACAUCGUAUGGGAAUGAAUGGCGAUAUCAAUAGUAGAUUAGAAACAUGCGAAAAUGAAUGGCAACGGUAGUAGCUAGACUAAGAAGAAAAUAA